UCGCCCCGCCCCGGCGCCGCCCGCGCCCGCCGCCCCGCGCGGCUCCCCUUCCCCUCCCCCUUCUUGCCUCCCACCGAGGAGGCCCCGCGGGUGUUUCCAGACCUGGGUCUCUGAUUUUGUCUUCACCUCGCUGAGGACCGUCGUGCCAGGGGGGCUGCCCGGCAGGCUUGCCCCUCUGGCCCCCGAUAGAUGUCCUAUCAUUCAGCCUUGACAGCUCCACGCCCGGGCGGUUCCUGGCAGCGGCCUGAAAAGGGAGCUGAAAGCCUUGAUGCCUUUGGUGCUUCAUGAAGAAUAUUUCUAGAUACAUCACAGACAUCAAGCCUUUGCCACCCAACAUAAAAGAUAGACUGAUCAAAAUAAUGAGCGUGCAGGGGCAGAUAACAGAUUCAAAUAUAAGUGAGAUUUUACAUCCUGAAGUCCAAACUCUAGAUCUACGAAGCUGUGAUAUUUCAGAUGCUGCUCUCCUGCACCUAUGUAACUGCAGAAAAUUGAAGAAAUUAAUUUUAAAUUCCUCAAAAGAAAACAGAAUUUCCAUAACUUCAAAAGGAAUAAAAGCUGUGGCUUCAUCUUGUUCUUACCUGCACGAAGCUUCUUUGAAAAGAUGCUGCAAUCUCACUGAUGAAGGAGUCCUUGCUCUUGCACUCAAUUGCCGGCUGCUAAAGAUCAUUGAUUUAGGUGGCUGCUUAGGUAUUACUGAUGUGUCCUUGCAGGCAUUAGGAGAAAACUGCCCAUUUUUGCAGUGUGUUGAUUUUUCAGCUACUCAGGUAUCUGACAGCGGUGUGGUUGCACUUGUUAGUGGACCUUGUGCCAAGAAAUUAGAGGAGAUUCAUAUGGGAUAUUGUGUGAAUCUGACUGAUGAGGCUGUAGAAGCUGUCCUUACUUGCUGUCCUCAGAUAUGUAUAUUACUCUUCCAUGGAUGCCCCCUGGUAACAGAUCAUUCACGAGAAGUCUUGGAGCAAUUAGUAGGCCCAAACAAACUAAAGCAAGUGACGUGGACUGUAUAUUGAUGCUUAUUGAAGCUUAUCAAAGCUAUGAUCUUCAUACUACUUUCCCAGGAAACAAUGAUCUAGAGAUUGGCUUUCCAAUAAUAUGAUUUAUGCUUUGAAGUUAACCAGGCUCUUAAACAUUUUAAUAGUGCUAUUAUUUCUAAGUUUGUUUGAGGAGUGAUUGUUCUUGAAAUGGCAAUCCUAGCAUGCCCUCUGAUGUAUUUGGGGAGGGUAUUGUGUUUGUUUCCUUAAUAGCCAAGUUUUAAAUUACCUGUUUGCCUGGAAAUUUCCUUCUCCUACCUAGAUAUUUGAGCUGCUGUAAGAGAAAUUUACCAAUAUGGAUAAACAUUAGGAGAAUUCUAAGUAAAGAUAUUUCUAAAAGCAUAAUUACCUUCCUAGCUAUUUUUUGGCUGCUACCUUCCAAAUUAUUUAAAUGUCCACUGGCCAAAAAGCAAAGCUGAACAUCAGGCCUGUAACUUCUUCACAGAAUUUAUUAUUUCAAUGAAACAAAGAAAUAUAAUAGUUUAAUGUCAUAAUCCAGGACAUCAUAUACCUUAGCCAUUCAGCAUAUGAAUGUUACUGAGUAUGGCUACUUUUCCCAAAUACAUGCUAUUCAUCUACAAACUUUCAUCCUUAAAAACUGCAGUCAAGAAUGUGUAAGAAUGAGUAAACACGAAAUGUCAUCACGGAAGUUGUAUUCUGAAGCUCUACUGGUUUCACAUUGUGAAAUAAACACACAGGUCUUAGUUUUCAAAUGAAAUGUAUUACUCUCUAUAAUCACAAAAUUCUCUGAAGUGUACUGUGCUUAAACUACCCCAAAAUUCAGCAUAUUCCCUGUGCCAUGAGCCUGUCUCAGUAGGACUUUCUUAAAGAUUUCCUAUUUUUACUGUGAUAUAGUGAAUAACAGGGAAAGUGUGGUAUGGUGGAUUUCUUGUAUAUGUUUAGAGGGAAGGGUUUACAUAUUCAACUCUACUUCUUGUCCUUACUAUUAACUACUUUAUAAAUGUGAUAUGUUUAUAGCAUAGAUACAUAUAUUGCCACUGCAAAGGUGGUACAUAUGUAUAUAUGUGUAAAAUGGGUAAGGCCUGUUCCAUCUAUGAAAUUUUUCUAAAGACAAAGUCAGUAAGAUUUAAUAUUGAACACCUAACCAAGUCAGUAGCUUUUUCUGCUUUUGGGAAAACUAGUUUCAAGAUCUAAGGUAUCAAAUUUUUAGAGUCUGUAAAGGAUUUAUCAUCCUAAAGCAGUUGGCAGCUUGAUCUUUUUUUUCAUACUGCUAGUUAUCUUAGCUGUUUCUCAGCACUCGGUUUAAAAUUUGGGUCUCCCGUCCCUAUCCUGCCUAUCCCUGUCACCCUUACCUGUCACUCUAAACUCUGUUUUUCCCCUUUCCAUCUGUCACCAUCUGACAUCUGUUUUAUUUUUUAUUUAUUAUCUGUCUCCCCACCCUAGUAUAUAAGCUUCAUGAAGACAGAAAUUAUUUCUCUUUUUUUUCACUGCUGUACCUCAAUGCCUAGAACAGUGUCUGGUACAUAAUAAGCACCCAAAUAUUUGUUGAAUGAAUAGACAAGAAAAUAAAUAAAAGUAAUACCCACA